ACAGUGAAUCUCUGGUGUCAGUUCACCUGAUUAUAUAUAUGGAGAUACCUAAGGUCUAGCUUUAUUGAACUCCUAGUUCAAACAUUGAUUGAUGUUGUUUCCUUUUCUUCCAUGCAUUUUGAUUUGUUAUGUUAUAGUGACUGUCAAAAAAAUUACAGUUGAUGCUCUUAAGGAAAUCACUAGCACGAUGGGGGCCACCUAUUGGGAGUUUGACAGUGAUUCUUGUUCUGUUAAAAUGCUGAGAUCAACACCAGAUCCACCUAAAGAAUCUGAAAGGAAAAUUGUUUGUGAUUGCUCUAUUGAAAACAACACCUGUCACGUAGUAGAGAUCCUUUUCAAGAAGGUCAACCUUCCUGGCAUGCUUCCACCUCAAUUGGUUAAGCUUCCUUACCUCAGCAAAGUUGAUUUUGCUUUCAACUACCUAAGUGGUACGAUUCCAAAGGAAUGGGGUUCGACAAAUUUAACUUCAAUCUCUGUAUUUGCUAAUCAUUUGUCAGGGGAAAUUCCUAUAGAGUUGGGAAGAAUUACCACUCUAACAUACCUGAACCUUGAAGCAAACCAAUUUUCCGGUGUUGUUCCCCACGAACUUGGAAGUCUAUUUAAGCUGGAACUAUUGGUUUUAUCGUCCAAUAAUUUUUCUGGGAAGUUACCGGUGACACUUGCUAAGUUGCAGAAUAUGACAGAAUUCAGGAUAAGUGACAACAAUUUUAGCGGAGAAAUACCUAGCUUCUUCAUACAGAAUUGGAAAUCACUUCAAAGAUUAGACAUGCUUGCAAGUGGACUGGAGGGACCUAUCCCAUCAAAUAUAUCUCUUUUGAGUAAUUUAUAUCAAUUGAGGAUUAGUGACAUAAAUGGUCCAAGUCAGAAUUUUCCCAAUUUAAUCAACAUGACACGAAUGAAAAUACUGAUUUUGAGAAACUGCCAUAUUAUUGGAGUUCUUCCUAACUACUUGUGGAGUAUGGAGAAAUUGGAGAUGUUGGACGUGAGUUUCAAUAAGUUGGUUGGGAAAAUACCAGAUGCUCGACAUGCAGGGUAUCUGAGAUUUCUCUUCCUAACUCACAACAUGCUAAGUGGUAAUAUUCCCAAGUCAGUCUUGGCGGAUGGAAGCAGCGUUGAUCUUUCUUACAACAAUUUUACGUGGCAAGGACCAGAUGAACCUGCUUGUAGAGAUAACCUAAAUUUAAACUUAAACUUGUUCCGGAGCUUCUACGGGACCAAAUUACAGCAGAUUCUUCCCUGUUUAGAGAUCUCCAAUUGUCCUGCAUAUUCACAUUGUUUUCGUGUUAACUGUGGUGGAAAGGAUAUAAAUGUGAUGGAAAAUGAUGAAAAUGUUCUCUAUGUAGGAGAUGGAGAUGUGUUAGGUAGUGAAGCUGCUAAAUAUUAUAUUAAUUAUAAAAGUCACUGGGGAUUUAGCAGCACUGGGGACUUCAUGGAUGAUGGCAAUUACCUAAAUGCUCAUUUUAUUAGGGCUUUGACAUCUUCAAAUUUGCCUGAACUAUAUCAAACGGCACGUGUUGCUCCACUUUCGCUUACUUAUUUUCUCUAUUGCUUGGAAAAUGGGAAAUAUACUGUAAAACUCCACUUCGCAGAAAUACAAUUUACAAACGAUAAGACAUACAGUAGUCUUGGGAAGCGCUUAUUUGAUAUCUAUAUUCAGGAAAAAUUAGUUAGGAAGGAUUUUAAUAUUGAAGAUGAAAUUCAUGGUUCUCAAAAACCACUUACUUUCCCAUAUAAUGUCAGUGUAACAGAGAAUAUUCUGGAGAUUCGAUUCUAUUGGGCUGGAAAGGGGACAACAAGGGUUCCUGGUGGUGGAGCUUAUGGUCCCCUCAUAUCAGCACUCUCCAUUGUUUCUCAUUCCAAACCUUGUUCAGAACAAAAAAGUGCAAGGCGUAUGAUAAUUGUUGGAGUUGGGUUUGGUGUCACCGCUCUGUGCCUUGUUAUCAUCAUUGUUGGAAUCUUUUGGUGGAAUGGCUGCUUCAAAGGAAUGAUUAGGGCUGUAAAAGGUACUGAAAGACAAGAUUCAAAAAUGGGGACAUUUACAUUAGAACAAAUUAGAGAGGCCACAGAGGAUUUCAGUCCAGUUAACAAGAUUGGAGAAGGUGGAUUUGGUCCUGUAUACAAGGGUCAAUUAUCUGAUGGUACACUGGUAGCAGUCAAACAACUCUCAUCAAAGUCACGACAGGGGAAUCGUGAAUUUUUAAAUGAGAUAGGCUUGGUAUCUUGUUUGCAACACCCUAAUCUUGUGAAACUUCAUGGAUGUUGCAUUGAAGGGAAUCAAUUAAUGUUGGUGUAUGAGUACAUGGAAAAUAAUAGCCUGGCUCAAGCUUUGUUCAGCUCAAAAGAUCAACUUAAUCUUGAUUGGCCAACAAGGCUUAGGAUCUGUAUUGGCAUAGCAAAAGGUCUUGCAUUUCUUCACGAAGAAUCAAGACUCAAGAUUGUUCAUCGAGACAUCAAGGCUACUAAUGUGUUACUGGAUGGGAAUUUAAACCCCAAAAUAUCUGACUUUGGGUUGGCUAGGCUUGAUGAUGAAGAGAAGACCCAUAUCACUACCCGAAUAGCUGGAACAAUAGGGUACAUGGCACCCGAAUAUGCAUUAUGGGGUCGCUUGUCUUACAAGGCUGAUGUUUACAGUUAUGGGGUUGUGGUCUUGGAAGUUGUUAGUGGGAAGAGCAAUAACAAGUACAUGCCUAGUGAUAAUCGUGUUUGCCUUUUAGACAAGGCAUGUCAUCUACAGCGUACUGAAAGGUUAAUAGAACUGGUGGAUGAAAGGUUGGGAUCAGAGAUAAAACCAACAGAAGCAAUAAUUUUGAUGAAAGUUGCUCUUCUGUGCACGGAUGUAUCACCUUCACUUAGGCCUACAAUGUCUGAGGUUGUAAACAUGCUCGAAGGAAGAGCAAGCAUUCCAGAUAAAAUCCCACAGUCAAGUGACUUUAGUGAAGAUAUAAGGUUUAAACCCAUGAGGGAUAUCUAUCAGCAAAGGGAAAACCACAGUUUAAGUUCAAGCCUGUUAGACAAUUCAACAGGAGUUCUCACACUUACCUCGCCCUAAACAUUUGGCAAAUGAUUUGGUGUUGGUUCUU